AUGGAUCACCUCCAGAGGCCUCCAUCCGCUCCUCCAGACUCUACCCCCUGUCCGAAUACCCUCCUCGAGGAACCCCACCCUGAUCCCGGGAGCAUUAUCUGCCCCCCGACCCAGUCCCGGUCGCUCCUCCCGCACGGCUGUUCCUCCUCUCACACCCCCAGAGUACCGCUUUCCUGCCGAGGCGGACUCUGGGUCCAAUCAACUUUUUCCCUUGGAUUCCUCUCCAGGACUCAACCAGGACUUUCCAAAAGCUGCCGCGGCGCCUUCCGAUCCCCUCGGCCAUCUGCCAAGUGUGACCAGGCUGAUGCAGCCAGUGAGGAUUCUCUGCACCUAGACAUUCAGAGGCUGAAGGAGAAGAGGGACAUGCUGGACAAGGAGCUCUCCCAAUUCAUAUCUGAAGGCUACAGUGUGGAUGAACUGGAGGACCACAUCGCCCAGCUCCACGAGUAUAAUGACAUCAAGGAUGUCGGCCAGAUGCUCCUGGGUAAACUAGCUGUGAUCCGAGGUGUCACUACCAAAGAGUUGUAUCCAGAAUUUGGCCUGGACAUGGACGACUGAGCAGAGGCUCACAGCCCCUUGUUCACGGUCCACCGGGACAGGUGGAUGUGGACGGGAGAAGCAGUGAGAGCCCAGCCAGAGCACCUGCAGCUUUCCAGCGAGGAAGUGUCAGAAGCCCUCUUCUAGAGAUCCCAGACUGAGCCAGGAAGGAGCCCAGGGGAGGCGGGGGCAGAAAGGAAGGGGUGUUCCCAGCUCCGAGGUUCCUGAAAUGGCCCAGUGACACCUGUGUAUGUGUAGAAGUAUCCUAUUUGUAAAUAAACAUGUGUGAUCUUGGCACAAA